UUAAACAGCCGUUGGACAACUGGUUUCCGUCCUGUGAAGCCAAAGUCUCGUUCUUCCGAAUCUCCAAACACAGAGUAGAUAUGUGCUCCGACUCUUACGAAGAGUGGGCUCACUGAUCACUCACCAGUGCGAAGAAAUUCGUGUGGCAGUCCUCCAGGCUAGCGCCGUUUGUUUGAUGCGACGGAUGCGUCAUGGCUUCUCCAUCGUACGCCGUACACUCAUUAGCAACACUUCUCGCGGCGGCGCGCCUCUCUCAGCCCCGAAAAUCACACGGCGAGGCCGCUAUUAUUCGAGAACAUUUAGGAGGGUUUUCACUUCUCAAUGGCGACCGUAAAAUGGCGGACGAUGGGAAACAACAAGCGCAGCCGCCCGAGGCGCCCCCUACUGCUCACUCGUGCAGUUCGCUUCGACGACGAGGAAGAAGAUGGCGGCGCUCAUCAGGCAUGGUUUUAAUUCCUUAAAAAGUUCAUCCACUUUUCUUGCCGUAAACACGACGAGUCUACGAUAUGAUAUAACUCGUUUUAAGACCAAGAAACGUCCCAAAGAGAAGACUAGCAGACUUGAAGAUGAAAAGAUGUCUCUCUCUUGCAAAGGAUUUUUGAGAUAUCAGAAAGAAUAUAAUCCGCCAGAAGAUGUAUGUGAUAGGAUAAAUAAAAUUUGUAAAACACAACAAAUUUCGACGGUUGAUGAAACAAAAAUCGAAGAUCCAUUACAACGUUUCAAUCUUUUUUUAGCAUGUGAAGAAGAACUUCAACAUCCAAUAACGAAUGCUGUAUUAUGUUAUAUUGAAACAAUUGGUGAUUUGAAAAAUUACUAUAAAACCCCAGUCGGUAAUGUAACUCCAUUAGAUGCUAUGCGUUCAAUGGAUUUACCAAAGAAUUUACAUAUUAAUUAUGAAUAUGUUCGAUUCCAUCCUGAUACGGAUACAUUGUUCAAUGGUCAGACAGCAUUCCCGAAGAGUUCUAAUCUUGUAACUGGAUUAAAAUAUAAGAAAAAAUAUCCUGGACAUUAUCAAGAUAAUCCUUUCUUAGAUAAUAUGCUUAAAGUUUAGAUUAAUUAUAUAAGAAAUAAAUAAUUGUUUAACAACAAUAAACAAUUAUCAAAUAUUAUUGUAACAUUAAAUAUUUUUCAAUUUGAUUUCAUAUUAUUUAAUAAUUUGUUAUAAGUAUUUAAUAAUAAGAAAUUUUCAUAUUGUUUCAUUAUUGUUUACAAGUUUGAAUAGAUAUUUUUAAAUAUUAUUUUCUAUAGAUUAAUUAAUAAAAAUUAUUAUAUAAUUGUAUUAUUAGAAAAAUUAGAAUAAAAGGAAAACUUAAUAUAUUGAGAA